UGGUGCUAACGGAUCACCUUCAUCCUCCUCCUCCUCCUUCCAAUCACUAGAAACUACGCUGUCAGUCGCAUCAGCAUUCAGCAACACCUUCCAACAAUGGCGUCUCACGACAAGAGCUUUCGAGCAGGCGAAACCAAGGGCCGUACCGAGGAGAAGACGGACCGAGCGAUGGGGGCCGUGAGAGACAAGGCCGAGGCAGCCAAGGACAAGACCUACGACACGGCUCAGGCGGCCAAGGACAAGACCCACGAGAGCAAGGACCAGUCCGGCAGCUACAUCUCCGAGAAGGCCGGCGCCGCCAAGCAGAAGGCCUCCGAGACCGCCGAGGCCACCAAGGAGAAGGCGUCGCGGGCCGCGGAGCAGGUGAAGAGCAUGGCCCAAGGCGCCAAGGAAUCCGUGAAGCACACCUUCGGGAUGGCCGGCGACGAGGACCAAGACAGGGACGACCCGCCCCGCUACACUUAGCUAGCUCCUCCCUAUCGCCACCGCAGUUCGUGUGUUUUUCCAUUGCGAUUUCGGAUUGGGACGUGUUUUUGUAGGUGCUAUGUUGCUUUCCUAUGUCUUUUCAGUUUUUCCAAAAGCGUGCGGGUUUGUCUUUCGGUGGCGCCAUUGCACUUUCAUCAUGUGCAACAGCUAUGUUCUCGAAUGGAAUAAAUAUUCUUUCCCUUUUUA